UCCUGUUCCCAACCACGUGGGUAGCGGGAUGGCGGGCAGCGCGGCGGGCGAGGCGCAGUGCCUCAGCUACACGGGAUGCAACUUCCUGCGGCAGCGCCUGGUGCUGGCCACGCUCAGCGGCCGCCCGCUGAAGAUCCGCAAGAUCCGUGCCAAGGAGGAGGACCCCGGCCUCCGCGAUUUUGAAGCAAGUUUUAUUCGCCUGAUUGACAAAGUGACCAAUGGCUCACGGAUUGAAAUAAACCAAACAGGUACGACCUUGUACUAUCAGCCUGGUCUUCUCUACGGAGGCUCCUUGGAACAUGACUGCAGCCCCAGCCGUGGUAUUGGCUACUACUUGGAAAGUCUGCUCUGCUUGGCACCUUUCAUGAAGCAUCCAUUGAAGAUUGUCUUGAGGGGAGUGACAAAUGAUCAAGUAGAUCCUUCGGUUGAUGUCCUUAAGGCAACAGCUCUACCCCUUUUGAAGAAGUUUGGAAUUGAUGGUGAAAGUCUGGAAAUCAAGAUCAACCGAAGAGGAAUGCCUCCCAAAGGGGGUGGAGAGAUACUGUUUUCUUGCCCAGUGAGAAAGGUCUUGCAGCCUGUUCAGUUCACAGACCCUGGAAAAAUCAAGCGCAUCAGAGGAACUGCAUACUCUGUCCGAGUGUCACCACAGAUGGCAAACAGAAUGGUGGAAUCUGCAAGGGGCAUCCUGAAUAAAUUCCUCCCAGACAUCUAUAUCUACACAGACCAUAUGAAGGGGGUUAACUCUGGAAAAUCACCAGGUUUUGGCAUAUGCCUUACUGCAGAAACCAUCAAUGGCACUAUUCUCAGUGCUGAGCUAGCCUCAAAUCCUCAGGGCCAGGGAACAGCUGUGCUUCCUGAGGAACUGGGCCAGAAUUGUGCUAAGCUGCUGCUUGAGGAGGUCUACAGAGGAGGCUGUGUAGAUUCAACAAAUCAGAGCCUUGCUCUGCUCCUUAUGACCCUUGGACAGCGGGAUGUUUCCAAAGUCCUGUUGGGACCUCUGUCUCCAUACACAAUUGAGUUUCUGCGACACCUCAGAAGCUUCUUCCAGAUCAUGUUUAAAAUGGAAACAAAGACCCCUGAGGAAGAGCACAUGGGCGGGGAGAAAGUCUUGAUGACCUGUGUUGGCAUUGGAUUUUGCAACCUCAGUAAAACUAUAAGAUAAAAACCAUCUACAGACUCUGUGAAAGACACAAAAUGCUUCAAAGAUCUAAUAAACCCUACCUGUCUCUGUACUUACUCUGGCGUAGGGAGACUUGUGGUGAUUCCAGUGCGGGGUUACCCAAGCUCACUGCACGUAAACAAUAAAGCUGACUUCAGACUAUUUAGAUCUGGGCUAUUUAUAAAUGCAAUGCCAGUAUUCUGUGCUGUUUGGAGUGGCUCUCUGGAGUCUCAGCUGACUUGGGACUCUCUGCACUGUAUUCCACUGAAUGGGACACAAGUGCCUCAUGUCGCUGUGCUCUCAGGCCUUAAUGAGGUGAGUGCUCUGGUUUUAUGUAUUUACUGCUUUCACUUGUAGCUUUUUCUGAAAGGUUUAGAUAGAGAGGGAAAACAAAAACAAGCUUUGCAUUGCGAAACAAAUGAUCACAACGGAUAUAUUAGAUUAUUGAGGUAAUUGCAGAGAUAAUAUUGGCAUGAAAAUUAAAGGCAUGACAGCAAUUCUUUGUUUAUACAUUGUGUGUGUGUGUAGAAUUUGUCCAAUGCUCCACUCCUGUUUACAUUUACUAAAUUCACAGAUCACAAAAUAGUCUGAGUUGGAAAGGACCCAGAAGGAUCACUGAGCCCAACUCUUAAGUGAAUGGCCUAUACAGGGAUGAAACCCAUGACCUUGGCAUUAUUAGCACUGUGCUUUAACCAACUGAGCUCGUCUCAGGGUUGCAGCUUCAAAGAAAGAAUAAAAUAUCUCUCUACUAUUUUUCCUAAUGUUAGAAUACCGUAGAGGAGAUCACAGCCUAUGCUGUCUUAUUUUAGCCUCUUUUGCAAGGAUGGGCAUGGGAGGAGAAACCUCCAUGGCAACUUUUGACUUAUCACAUAUAUUCUUUUUAGGUUUGUUUGGCAUGCUCUAUACACGUGGCUCACAAUUAGUUGUUAAAAGUAGCAAAAAUUGCUGUAGGUUUUGAGAAAGAAAAAUUUAUUCACUUUCACCAUCAUAUUUUGUGCGUCUGCUCCCUUUUUAAAGUGCCAAUAAUGCUGUAUGGGAUGGAUUGACAGAUGCAAAACUAGUUUCUACCAGGUUGUAUAUAUUUACCCAUGAAAGGCCUCAGGUAGAUUCCAGGUAAACCUGUGGAAGUUGAUGCUGAACUCCUGACACAAGGCAAGAAAUUUAUAUUUGACUUCAGAUUAUCCUUCAUGUGUCUGGAGGAAUAUAAAACUGUGUCAAAAGCUGCUAUUUAGAGAGAGCAGAUACCAGUGACUGUGUUAAAAUGGUUUCACAAACUUUAUCUGAUGCCACUGUAAAGUGGGCAUUACUCUGUAGUAUGAAGAAUGUAUAUUGGACACAAAAAGGACUUGGACAGAGGUUCAUUAUUUGAUUACUGUCUUGUUAACUUUUGCAGGCCGUGUGAGUAAUUUUUUUACUGUACUUUGUUUGUGUUGCAAUCUGUCAGACAUGAUUUGAAAAAAUAAAGUUUGGUUUUUUUCCUAAA